CCUUCUUUCUUCUUCAUUUUUCCUGGUAGUGUAGCCGUAGCGAAUCAAGUGUUGACAAGCUAAGAGGAAAGAAACAACGAAAAGAGAGAGAAAUUGAUAUUAGAUAAUCGAUCCAUGGCCUCAGCCGGCGGAGCAGUGCCGUUUUGGAGAGCAGCAGGGAUGACAUACAUAACGUACUCCAACAUAUGCGCCAAUCUUGUCAGAAAUUGCCUCAAGGAACCUCACAAAACCGAAGCUAUCUCUCGCGAAAAGGUUCAUUUCUCUCUUUCCAAAUGGAUCGACGGAAAGCCUGAAAAACCUACUCUUCGUUCAGACACCCCAGAUCAGUGAUUUGGAAUGGCUGGAACCUAUGCCUGUAGAAUUCUUUGAGAUCUGCUGGAAGUUGAUUUUCAUUUUGAACCUUUCUGUGGUUUUUGAUGUUUUCCAUUGUUAUUUUUCUGUCACAGAAAAAUAUUGUACUAAUAAUUUAAGUUUGAACACAUAUGGUUUCAAACUUAAUGAAAGAAUUUACAUGAUAAUGUCCCUUCCUAGGAUGAAUUUCAAAUAAAAUGAAUGGUAAUUCAUAAGUUCA